UCUCAGAUGGGGCAAGCCAGCGUCGCCCUCAGUGUCACUCAUGUGUCAAUGUGUCAAUGUGUCAUACUCAUAUCUAUCAACCAUGCAAUCACAGUCAUCGCACCGGCGCUCCUUUUUCAACCCGUUGUCACUGUCGUCAGAUAGGUACCGCGAUGACCAGGCGUUGCAUCGGCGUAAAGGACAAAGUUUCUGCAAUCGGUGUUCUUGGUUGCGGUGGUGGCACAGGGAAUCUUGACGGCGGAUGAUGGAUGGUUAGGGCAACGGUCGAGCAUAACGGCAUGGUUUCUAUGGAAUGACGAAAACGAAAAAUGAAAGUGAUGGUGCAUCGAUGGUCUGGCAGGAGAAGCUACUGUCGUGCAUCAGGUGUAUGAUGUAGGUGGUCUCCACCCUCUAGGGGUAAAAGAUUAAAAAAAGACGACCCAAAAAUGCAAUUCAAUUGCAAAGUUGUUGACUUAUUUAUUGCAACACAUACCAUGAGGACUUCAAUCUAGUCUCUGUGCAUCCAGAGUACUAAAUGUGUAAAAUCAUUCAGGGCAAAGAAUCAAAGAUGGAUCUGAAAUCCUGUUAAUGAAGGACCAGAAGGACACAUUAUUGUGGUUUAGCGACAGGGAAAGAUCUACAGAGUGCACAUAUUUCAAACUCAAUGGCAUAUUCCUUUUCUGCUCAAGUUUCUCAAGUAAAAUAUGCUGUAUUGGUUUGUCUCUUGCUUGUUUCUAAGUUGGUGUGUGCAGCGGCAAAUGUAAACUCAAACGGUACUUCAUGCCGAGAUGCAUCUCUUUCUAGACAUGCUCCUCAAAAAAAGCAUGAAGUCUUUGUUAACUUCAGGGGUGAUGACAUCCGCGAUGGUUUCCUCAGCCAUUUGGUUAAGGCUUUAUCUCGUGAAAAGAUAAUCUAUUUCGUAGAUGAUCACAUUGAGACAGGAAAUGAAAUACCGGAUACCCUUCUUACCGCAAUUGAAGAGUCAUUCAUUUCAUUGGUUAUAUUCUCACCAAACUAUACUUCUUCACGUUGGUGUCUGGAUGAGCUUGUGAAAAUACUUCAGUGCAAAGAAAAAGAUAGCCACAUUGUGAUACCAGUUUUCUACAGUACUGUAAAGGUCUCUCAUGUACGCAAUCAAAGUGGAACUUUUGGUGCUCCAUUUGUUGAACAUGAAAAGAAGUAUACCUCAGUCAGGAUUCAAAGCUGGAGAAGUGCUUUAAACAAAUCUGCUGAUUUAGCUGGAUUUACACAAAAAAAAAUGACUGAAGCUGAUUUAAUUGAAAAAGUCAUCAAAUGUCUCUUAAAGAAAUUGAAUGACCGACAGCAAGUUAACUCAAAAGAACUUGUAGGAAUUGGCAAACCAAUUUCACUUUUGGAAUUAAUAUUAAGCCCAACAUUAGAGGAUGUUCGGGUCAUUGGAAUUUGGGGCAUGCCUGGUAUGGGUAAGACAACUCUUGCACUAGAAGUGUUUGAUAGAUUACGUUCCAAGUUUGAAGGUUCUUGUUUUUUGGAAAACGUAAGAGAGAACUCAGGCAGAAAAGGAGUGCAUGCAUUAAGGAAUCAACUUUUUUCCGAACUGUUAGGAAAACAAGAUUUAAAAAUUGAUGGCUCACAUGGAUUACCCCAUUUUCUUCAGAAAAGACUCUGUCACAUGAAAGUUAUUAUUGUUCUUGAUGAUGUCAAUGAUUUUCAGCAAGUAAAAGUUUUAUUUGGAAAACGAGAAUGGUUUUGCCCUGGUAGUAGAAUCAUUGUAACAUCCACAGAUAAGCAAGUACUUGCUAAAGAAGUUGAUUAUAUAUACAAACUUGAGCCGUUGCAGUUUGAUGAAGCACUUCAGCUCUUCAAUCUGAAUUUCUUCACGCAAAAACAUCUUGAAAGCGAGAGUUAUGCGCUGUUGGCGAGGGUGAUCAAGUAUGCUGAAGGCAUUCCAUUUGUUCUUGAUGUUUUGGGUUACCUUCUUCAUGAAAAAGACAGAGAAGUGUGGGAAAGCCUAUUAGAGAAACAUAAAAUAGUGCCUAUUAGAGAAGUGCAUAAUGUGAUGAGACGUAGUUACGAUGAACUUGAUCGUGAGGAGAAAAAGAUAUUCUUGUAUGUUGCGUGUUUUUUCAAUGGGUUGAAUUUGACAGUUGGUGAUAUACAAAUGUUAUUGAAAGAUCAUGUUAAUUCAGUGGCUGCUGGGUUAGAAAGGCUGCAAGAUAAAUGCCUUGUACAUAUUUCUCAAGAAAAUAUUGUAUCAAUCCAUGGCAUUGUUCAAAUAACGGCUUGGGAGAUUGUUCGGCAAGAAUAUAUUGAAGACUCAGGAAAGCAAAUUCAAUUACAGGGGCCUAACGAGAUUUGUCAAUCCCUAGAUGACAAGCUAAGUCGUGAAACAAUUGCUAACUUUAGGAAGGGAACCUGUAGUCCCCCAACAGACCUGUAUCUUCAUCCGGGGCCGGAAUAUUUGCAUAAUGGGCAAAGAUAUGAUGAUCUAACAAAUUAUACUCCUGAAUUCUCGGAGCAGCUAAGCCCUGAAACAUUUGCUAACUUUAGCAAGGGCACCUGUAGUAUCCCAACAGACCCAAAUCUUCACACUGGACCUGAAUCUUUGCAUAAUGGGAAAAGAUAUGGUGAUCUGGCAAAUUAUACUCCUGAGUUCUCGCUAGAGCAGGUACCUGAGACACUGAUUAUUCCAGAGCAAGAUGCUCCUCCUUCAUACCCAAAGACAUCACCACCAGCUCCUCAAAUAAAAUAUGAUGUUUUCAUCAGCUUUCGUGGCACAGAUAUUCGUACAGGUUUCCUUAGCCAUUUGACUAAGGCAUUAUUCCGGAAGCAAAUUGUCAGCUUCAUGGACAAUGAGCUUGAGCCAGGGGAUAAAAUUUCACAAAAGCUUCUCCAAUCAAUUGAGGCAUCGUUGAUUUCAUUGGUCAUAUUCUCUGAGCGUUAUGCUUUUUCUCGUUGGUGCUUGGAUGAGCUUGCGAAAAUAAUGGAGUGCAGAACAAAAUACGGACAGAUUGUUAUUCCUGUUUUUUAUAAAGUGCAUCCGUAUGAUGUACGACAUCAAAAGGGGACUUUAACCAAUGCAUUUCAUACAUAUGAGAAAUACAUUGGUGAGGAAAAUGUGCAACGAUGGAGAUCUGCUUCUAAGGAGUUAACUACUUUACCAGGAUUUGUUUCAUCAACGUUUAGGAAUGAUGAUGAGCUUAUUGAAAAAAUCAUCCAACACGUGAAUACUAGGUUGAAAAGAAUGCGCCAAGUUUAUUCAAGAGCACUUGUUGGAAUUGGCAAAUCAAUUGCUCGUGUAGAAUUCUUACUACGCCAAGAGCCAGAAAACGUCCGUGUGAUUGGGAUUUGGGGAAUGGGUGGUAUAGGAAAGACAACAAUUGCUGAAGAAGUUUAUAACCUACUGCGUGAUGAAUAUGAAAGUGUUGUUUUUCUAGGAAACGUAAGGGAAGAAUCCCUGAGACAUGGAAUAAUUUAUUUGAAGAGUGAACUCUUCUCCAAACUCUUAGGUGAAAAUCUUGAAAUUUACACACAAAAUGGAUUGCCUACUUAUGUUGAGAAGAGAAUUGGUCAUAUGAAGGUUCUUAUUGUUCUUGAUGAUGUUGCUGAAUCAGAGCAAUUGAAAAUUUUAGUUGGAAAUCCUCAAUGGUUUGGAUCAGGAAGUAGAAUUAUUGUAACAACUAGAGAUAGGCAAGUGCUUGCAAACUAUGCUUCUGAUAAUGCUGUGUACAAGGUGGAACCAUUGGAUUUUGAUGAAGCACUUCAGCUUUUCAAUUUGAUUGCAUUUCAACAAAAUCAAGUUGAAAAAGAGUAUAGGGUGCUAGCAGAGAGGGUGGUCAAUUAUGCAAAAGGCAUUCCACUGGUUCUAAAGACUUUGGGUCAUCUACUUCAUGGAAAAGAUAAGAGGAUAUGGGAAAGAGAAUUAGAGAGACUUGGGAAGAUAAGGAGUAAAAAGGUUUUUGAUAUGAUGAGGCUGAGUUAUGACGACUUAGAUCGCCAGGAAAAAUCCAUAUUUUUGGAUAUUGCAUGCUUUUUUGAUGGAAUAAAGUUGGAAGUGAAUUACCUAAAAACUUUAUUGAAAGAUGGUGAAUAUCAAGUACAUGCAGCAUUAAAAAGACUUGAAGAUCUAGCUUUCAUAACCAUUUCUAAAGAGGAUGUUGUAACAAUGCAAUAUAUUAUACAAGAAAUGGCUUGGGAGAUUGUUCACCAAGAAUCUAUUGAAGAACCUGGCAAGCAUAGUCGAUUAUGGAAUCCAGAUGACAUUUAUCAUGUACUGAAAUAUAAUCAGGGGACAGAGGCCAUUAGAAGCAUAAGCUUAAACUAUUCAGAAACAACCACUCAGGACAUCCAGUUAAGCCCUUGGGUAUUUUCUAAGAUGAAUAACUUGCAAUUUCUUGACUUCUAUGGAAAGCAUGACCUCAUAAGGUUACCUCAAGGGCUUCAAUCAUUGCCAACUGGAAUAAGAUAUCUUCGCUGGACUUAUUACCCUCUUAAAUCUUUACCAGAUAAAUUUUCAGCAAAAAACCUUGUUAUAUUGGAGUUACCAUAUAGUCAAGUGGAAGAACUUUGGCAUGGUGUCCAGAAUCUUGUGGCUCUGAAGGUCCUUAAGGUCCCUUAUUCCUCACAAUUGAAGGAGAUUCCAGACUUAUCAAAAGCCACAAAUCUUGAGGUAAUGGAUCUCAAAUACUGUCUACAUUUGACUGGUAUGCAUCCUUCUGUCUUCUCUCUCAACAAGCUUGAGAUAUUGGAUCUGAGUUGGUGCACUUCCCUUACCAAUCUUCAAAGCAGCACUCACAUGAUAUCUCUUCGUUAUCUGAGUCUUUCUCACUGCAAGAGAUUAAAGAAAUUCUCACUGACAUCAAAAAAUAUGAUUGAACUGGAUUUACGACACACGUCUAUCCAAGAACUUCCCUCAUCGAUUGGAUAUCAAAGUGAACUUGAGAAGCUUCAUUUAGCCAACUCUGACAUCAAGAGCUUGCCCACAAGCAUCAAGCAUCUUACAAGUUUGAAAUAUCUUGACGUAAGCAAUUGCAAGAGCCUUGAAACUCUGCCAAAACUUCCCAUCUCUGUGGAAACAUUAGAUGCAGAUAACUGCACAUCUUUAAAGACAAUGCUGUUCCCAAUCAUCAAUGAACAAAUGAAGGAGAACAAGAGAAGGGUUGUGUUCUGGAACUGUUUGAUGUUGCAUGAACAAUUUCGCAAUGCUAUUGCGUUGAAUGUUCAUAUCAAUGUCGUGAGAUUUGCAAUGCGACAUUUGUCCGUGCUAGGACAAGAUCAUGUUGAAGAUUCCAACGAUCAUGGAGCACACAAAGCCUCGUAUGUUUACCCGGGGAGCACCGUUCCGGAGUGGCUAGAGUAUCAGACAACAACAGAUAACCUUACCAUUGAUCUCUAUUCUACUCCAUAUGCCCCGAAUUCGAGCUAUGUUUUGUGCUUCGUUGUUCCUAAGGUUCCAUCAGAGGGUUUCAUGUUGUUGUUUUCCAUCAGUGACAAUGAAGGUGAGAGUGUAGAGGUGUCCUUGGAUAGAUCACCAAGUGUGAUUUCAUCAGACCAUGUGUGUUUGAUUUAUGACCAACGUUGUGCAAACUUCUUGAAAAGAAAAGUUCAAACUCGAAGAAUGUUCCAAAUCAAUGUCUCGGCUGUGUCGAUAUCUGCUGGAUUGGAGAAUGUGACUGUGCAGUUGAAAGGGUUUGGAGUCCACCUGGUAAACCCUUUGGAACAUCAGAUUUUCAGUUAAGAAAUGGAACUUUGGGUUAUGGUUACUGGAUCCUAGCUAUUGCAAAACGAAUUCCACCGAGAGGAAUUGAAUUUGGAAAUGAUAUCUUUGAUAAACAUUAUUGUUACAUAUGAUCUCGUGCUAUUGAUUUUGAUAGUGUUAAUAACUGGUGUAAAAUCUUUUCUAAACAUAGCUUUUUGGGAUGCGAGGGGUUUUGCUUUCUGGGGGUGCGGGGAUUGGGAGGUUUUUUAUGAUGAACAAUAAGUGCAAAAGGCAAAGGGUGGAUUUUGUGGGGGUGAUGGAGACAAAAAAGAAAAAAAAAAAAGGAUGUUAUGUCUACAGAUAUAGCAACAAGAUUUAGGGAGGAAGUGAUAUGCAUUCGGUGGCUAUUGAAUCUGUGAACCACACAGGAGGAAUCUUGUGAAUAUGGCACAAUGAUUUUAUGGAGUGUUCGGGUCAUUAAAGGGAUGAAAUGGGUGGCAAUGAUAGGAAGAUUGAAGGAGUUCAAAUUUGUUUGUGCUUUUUGUACUGUUUAUGGUCCACCUUUGGCGAAAGAAAAGAUGAUUUUUGGGAGGAUCUAUCAGCAUUGAAGGAAGAAUGUUGGAUCAGGACAUGGCUGUUGGUUAGUAAUUAUUUUACGGAAGGUGCUGAAGGGAAGGAAUUACCUAGCCAUUUAUCAAUGAGGUUUCUUUAGGCGUAUCAAAUGCUCGUUAUUGUAGUGGUAUAUUAAACACCCGUUCAAUCUUGAUAAAAUAGUAGAUAGAUAAAUCUCCUACAUAGUGUGAGCAAGACUAGCCACAAGUACAAAUGUAUGACCAGAUUAGAAUCCAUAUUUGCAAUCUCUCUAGUUGUAUCUCUCAAUUAAUUGUUUUAAAAAAAAUUAUUUCUGGUAGUUUUUUUAA